UAAUUUGUCUUAUUUAUUCUUCUUCACGUCAAAAUAAUAACACAGACUUUCCUUUGCUGCUUAAUUAAAAAAAAAAUAAAACAAAUCCAAGGAAGGAAGCAGACAGAAAUGGAGGCAUGGGUUCCUCUCUUUAACAUAUUCCUUAACUCCCCAACACCAGAAACUGAAGCUUCCCUCUGGUUACAACAAUCUUCAUCAUCAUCAGUUCCAAUCACCACUACCUCUUUUCUCUCGUUAGUCACCAAACCCAUUAUCAACAACUCAUCCACAAACAGCAUGUGUGACAGGAGGGUCAUGUUUCUACAAACACUGCCUUUUCUUGUCCAGUCCAGAAUUUUGUCCUUUCUUGGUUUUGAGCAUCAAAGGUUUUGCAAGCGGGAAUUAUCUAAGUUGGCCAGGACUUUGAUGACAGGUACCGAGGGGAUUGAUUUCUGGGUUAAGAGGGCUGCCCGCAAUCUGCUUGAUAAAGUGUCUGACUCAAAUUACCAAUGGAUUUCUGGUUUAAGCUUAAACUCUGGAGAAGAGAGAGUUGAUGAGGAGUUUGGUUCAAUCCCAGAUUUCCUUAAAGACGCUGCUUCAAGUGCAAAUGAACUGUUUCUACCUUGGUUGCCUCUCUCGCAUGAUACAUUGAACUCCAGAGAAUUGUUUGCUGGUUAUGAAAGCCCAGAAGAUUUCUUGAGUCAAGUUGGAGAGGGUUCUGGUGAUAACUCGAAAGAUGUUGCGGAGGAAAUGGAGAUUGAUUUGGUCAUGGUUGCUCCUUUAGAUGAGGAAAUUCAAAACAUGGCAGCAAGUUUGAAAGAUAGGAUUAUGACUUUUGAGUCUAGUUCUAAAACUGUUGAGUUAGCAAAUGAAAUUGGCAGACUUUGUUUUGAGAGAGAAGCAGAUCCUUUUGUGAUUUUGGGUUUGCUUGAACCUUGGAAAGCUGAUGAUGAGACUGCAUCAAUUCUGGUUUUUCAUCUCUCUAAUGGAAGAGAAGAAGAAGAAGAGAUCGCUUGGCCUAGCAAAGUUUUGUGUUCAAUUAUGCUUCCAAAGAUGUUGCUGCUUGAAGAGCCAGCAUCUCGUGUACUGGUGAUUUCAAUUGCAGAGUACUGCAAGCUUCACCAGAGAGCUGCUGAAUGUGCUCUAUUGCUUCCGCUGAUAAUGAAAAAGAGUGGCAUCAACAACCACAUGUGUGAUGUGAUCACCAGGAUCGUCAAGGAAUCCUUGCACCCAGCUCAUGUUUCAGCUUUUUGCCGGAAGCUUCUUUGUGGAGAAGAAGUUGAGAAACGAUCCAUCAUUCUUCCUUGCCACCAAUGCCUUGUAUCCAGCCAACUGGUUUGGACGGAAUCAUUGUUUAAUCUGUUUCAAAAUAUCUUAAAUCAUAACGUUCAGCUAACUCAGGAUUCAGUUGAUCAACUUGUAUUGCUUAUUAGGGAGUUGGCCCCAAGUUUCUCCAAAUCUCUGAAAUUCGGGAAUUUUCUAUUGUGUUUCAUCACCAGAUGUUCUUUAUUAUUGAAGUCUCAUAAAGUUUUAUUGGUUGAAGCAGUUGCGAAGACCAAUACUCUUGUCACUAAAUCCAUAUUAUCAAAAUUGGCUAGCUUCUAGCUAUGUAAUGAUUUUUUUAAAUGCCUUUGUUUUUUUCCGCUUUCGUGCUGUGAGA